GGUACCCUGUUCUCGCGGGGGAGGUUUUGGGGCGGAGGACCGCGGAGGGACUGAGCCCAGGAGGGUGGCUGGCCGCGGAGGAGGGCUUGGGUUCGGCCCGCUGCAGCUGGGUGGCCGGCGCGGCGGCGGCCCCUCCCCCGCUCUCCCUGGCCGCCGCCCCCUCCUCCCUUCGUCCUCCUCCUCCUAUCCCUCCUCCCUGUCCCCCACCCUCCUCCCGGGCCCCGGCAGCUGCGGCUCGGGGAGCAGCCGGCGGCGCCGCGACCGCGCAGCCUUUGUCUCGGACCGCCGGGCGCGCGGGGCCCAGCGCAGCCAGCGUCCAAGCACGAAGCUGUGCACACAGUCGCUCGAGGCAGAAAUGCUUAGGAUGUGAUCCAUGAAUCGCAAAUUCCAGCUAGUGCUCCCAAAGACAGACGUUUCUCCACAAAACCAUUCCAGUGCCCCAGAGGUCCACAGACAUCCAGGAAGAUGCAGCCAGCAGAUAAAGAAUGGCAGCCACCCAAGCGCUGAGGGGAGCCCCCCUGGCGAUUUCUGUCCCGGCUCCAAGGGUCUCCCCACGAUGGCCUGCAACAGCACAUCCCUCGAGGCUUACCCAUACCUGCUGCUAAACACCAGCAAGGCCUCGGACUCCGGGCCCACCCCUCUGUUCGUACCCCUCAGGAUCUCCUUGGCCAUAGUGAUGCUGCUGAUGACCGUGGUGGGGUUCCUGGGCAACACGGUGGUCUGCAUCAUCGUGUACCAGAGGCCGGCUAUGCGCUCGGCCAUCAACCUGCUGCUGGCCACUCUGGCCUUCUCCGACAUCAUGCUGUCCCUCUGCUGCAUGCCCUUCACUGCCAUCACCCUCAUCACCGUGCACUGGCACUUUGGGGACCACUUCUGCCGCCUCUCAGCCACGCUCUACUGGUUUUUUGUCCUGGAGGGCGUGGCCAUCCUGCUCAUCAUCAGCGUGGACCGCUUCCUCAUCAUCGUCCAGCGCCAGGACAAACUGAACCCGCGCAGGGCCAAGGUGAUCAUCGCGGUCUCCUGGGUGCUGUCCUUCUGCAUCGCGGGGCCCUCGCUCACGGGCUGGACGUUGGUGGAGGUGCCGGCCCGGGCCCCGCAAUGCGUGCUGGGCUACACGGAGCUCCCCGCCGACCGCGCCUACGUGGUCACCCUGGUCGUGGCCGUGUUCUUUGCACCCUUUGGCGUCAUGCUGUGCGCCUACAUGUGCAUCCUCAACACGGUCCGCAAGAACGCUGUUCGCGUGCACAACCAGUCGGACAGCCUGGACUUGCGACAGCUCACUAGGGCGGGCCUGCGGCGCCUGCAGCGGCAGCAGCAGGUCAGCGUGGACUUGAGCUUCAAGACCAAGGCCUUCACCACCAUCCUGAUCCUCUUCGUGGGCUUCUCCCUCUGCUGGCUGCCCCACUCCAUCUACAGCCUUCUGUCUGUGUUCAGCCAGCGCUUUUACUGCGGCUCCUCCUUCUAUGCCACCAGCACCUGCAUCCUGUGGCUCAGUUACCUCAAGUCCGUCUUCAAUCCCAUCGUCUACUGCUGGAGAAUCAAAAAAUUCCGUGAGGCCUGCAUAGAGUUGCUGCCCCAGACCUUCCAAAUCCUCCCCAAAGUGCCUGAGCGGAUCCGAAGGAGAAUCCAGCCGAGCACAGUCUACGUGUGCAACGAAAACCAGUCUGCGGUUUAGGGGGCCAGGAGGCCGCAGAGAAAGGGCAGCUGAGCCCAGGUCCCAGGGUGGGCUGGUCUGUCCUGCUCUUUUCCCUGGCAUGUUGGUUAUAGUCUAUACUUUGUGGUGGCUAUUUAAGCACAAAGGUACUCGUUUGUAAUCAGAUGAGCUGCAGCUUCCAAAUUUCAAAUUUUGGCAAGAUGAAUUAUUUUUGUUUCUCUUUGCAGAAGAGCUGAAUAUGGGGCUGAUGGGAACUGCGAAGUCCUUAAGGCAAAAAUGGAGUGGGCUGGGGAGAGCAGCAGUUGGGCGGAAAGGGAAGAGGAGGGCACAGGGAGUGAAGCUGGUUCAGUGUGGGGCAGGAGGAGGCGUCGAUCACAAGAGCUUCAUCCUGCCCUCUGAGCCCUCUCUGCACCUGCUCAAGAGAAACCCCAGUAGGUGUCAGCUCCUGGUUCAUUCAUUUUGUCUGACACCAGAGCGCUCCAGUUAUGAUGUUUGUGGUGUGUGGGAAUGCACAGGUUUCUCUAUGUUGGUCAGAUGUGCAUUUCUGGCCAUGCCUAAGUUUUCUGGAAACAAACCAAAAUCACAUGGGGAAGUGGAGUGAGCCUCUGUGCUUUGAGCUCCCUGGGAUGAUGCAUGAGGGCCUCAGAGGCUCAAAGCCCAGAGAAGGUCCCGGGCAGCCCAGCUGAAGUGAGAAGCACAUCCAGGCGCUCCUGCAUGUUCUCAAUGCCCCCCACCUACUGGGCCCACCUUGUCCCUGCACCCCAAGGCCACUCAGCCUCCCUGUCUGCUGGAGAGCCCCUUGGCCCUUCCCUCUUUACCUCCACCCCUCUCCCUGCCUCCCUUUUUUUUUAUCCCAUCCACUUCCAGUGUGCUGUAGCUUGCCCGCUGAGCAAGCAGCUGUAGUGACCAGCUUUCAGUGUCAGCAGCGGGCAGGCUGGGCUUAGUUUACAUAUUUCCUUUGGACACCUGGAGCUUCAGAGCCCUUUGAGUCACCAAAUCCACAUCAGCACUGGACCGCAGUCCAUCAGUGUGGACUGCAGGCACAGCACCACACCAACAAGCCCAAUUUUGGGGGUUCCCCCUUGGGUCUCUGUGUUCCUCCUACCUCAUUCAGAUCCACUGCUGCCAUCUGUUUGCCUGCUGGGACUGGAUCCCAGGAGUGAAGUUGGCCAAAGGGGACUUCUCUGCUUGUGCCCUAUUCCACCAUCCAAGGGGCCCCCACACUGGUAUAUGAGGGUCCUGAGUUCGGGGCAUAGCAUUGAGCCCACUGGGCUCUCUUUAUUUUUCCAGAUCUGAAAA